AUGGUUAAAAAAAAUUAUACCGAGGUAUCUGAAUUUGUGUUUCUGGGACUUUCAACAUCUAGAAAAAUUCAACCUUUUCUUCUUGGCUUCUCUAUGGUGUUUUAUGUAGCCAUAGUGCUGGGUAAUAGUCUUGUUAUGUUUACACUAGCCUUUGACCCACAUUUACAUUCCCCUAUGUACUUUCUUUUGGGAAAUCUUGCACUUAUUGAUUUAUGUCUUUCCACCUUAACUAUACCCAAGAUGAUUUCUGAUCUGUCUCCCAGGCCAUGGCUACCAACAAUACCAUCUCAGAUGCCCCGAGGACAUGAAGGACAAAUAUCUGGAAGACACAACCCUGGAAUGAGAUGGGACAGAUAUGUGGCCAUAUGUAAGCCCCUCCACUACCUGACCAUCAUGAGCAGAAGGAUGUGCCUUAUGCUUCUGUCUGGUGCUUGGGUUAUUGGCUUUUUACACUCAGUGGCCCAAUUAGCUUUUAUUAUCAAAUUAAGAUUUUGUGGUCCUAAUGAGAUAGAUAGUUUUUAUUGUGAUCUUCCUCAGUUUAUCAAACUGGCCUGCAUAGACCCCAAGAAAAUGCAGUUCAUGGUUACGGCCAACAGUGGGUUUAUUUCUACGGGCACUUUCUUCUUAUUGAUAAUCUCCUACAUUGUUAUCCUGUUCAUUGUAAGAAAACAUUCAUCAUCAGGUGAUUUGUCCAAGGCUCUCUCGACACUUUCUGCUCACAUCUCCGUGGUAGUUUUAUUCUUUGGACCAUGCAUCUUUGUGUAUAUGUGGCCAUUUCCUACUGUACCAUUGGAUAAAUUCCUUGCCAUUCUGGACUUCAUGAUUACACCCAUCCUAAACCCUGCCAUUUACACACUGAGGAACAAAGACAUGAAGGUGGCAAUGAGAAGACUGAUUACUCAGCUACUCGGUCUGAGGAAAUCACUCUAA